AUGAAGUCCACACUGCUGUCCGUCGGCCUGUUGGCCUGGCUGGUCUCCAUCGUCUCCGCCACCGCUCUGACCUACAAGCUGGCUGCGAACGAGAAGGCCUGCUUCUACGCCCACACGCCCAAGGACAACAGCAAGAUCGCAUUCUACUUUGCCGUGCAAUCCGGCGGCUCGUUCGAUCUCGACUACGAAGUUACCGGGCCCGACGAGAAGAUCAUCUUGGACGGCGAGAAGGAGCGCCAGGGCGACUUUGUCUUCACCGCGCAGAAGGUUGGCGACUACAAGUUCUGUUUCAACAAUGAGAUGAGCACAUACUCGGACAAGGUGGUCGACUUUGAAAUCGCUGUCGAGGACGAGGUUCGAGCUCAGCUGCCCGCCAAGCAAGGCACCAGCCCCGAGCAGACGUCUGCGCUGGAGGAGUCGAUCUACAAGGUAUCGGGACAGCUUUCGACCAUCACGAGGAACCAGAAGUACUUCCGCACGAGAGAGAACCGCAACUUUAGCACCGUCCGAAGCACCGAGAAGAGAAUCGUCAACUUCAGCCUCAUCCAGUGCGCCAUGGUCAUCUGCAUGGGUGGCCUGCAGGUCUUUGUGGUCAGGUUCUUCUUCCAGGGCGCGAGAAAGGGUUACGUAUAA